CUACCGGCUUUACUUUGUAAUUCUAAAACUUUAUGGAGUCGACAGAGUUAGAACUUGAAUCAGAAUCAUCUUCCAAGUGUUUAACAUUCCUCUACGUUAUAUGGAAAUUCUUCAAAUGCAUCUUUUCACAUGUGACACUUGUAUCACUUGUUGUUGCUUAUUGCGUUCUUGGUGCUUUAGCAUUUGAGAUACUUGAAGCAGAACAUGAAAGAGAAGUAAAAAGAAGCAUUAAAGACAUUCGCGGUAAUGUAACUGAAGAUUUAUGGUCAAUGACACAAACAGUAAAGGUUUUAAGAAGAGAAAAUUGGACUCGUGAUGUAGUAGAGAAACUAAAGGCUUUUGAAACGGAUCUCUUGUUGAAAAUGAAAAAAGAAGGAUGGGAUGGUACCGAAAACAUUGAUAACAUUCAGUGGACUUUUGCAGGCGCUCUAUUUUACUCAAUUAUUGUUAUCACAACAAUAGGCUAUGGUCAUAUUUCACCUAAGACUCGAAAUGGUAAAGUUGUUACUAUUUUUUAUGCUAUUUUGGGAAUACCCUUGAUGUUGCUCUGCCUAUCGAAUAUUGGAGAUGUGAUGGCUUCCAGCUUUAGAUUCCUUUAUUGGAAAAUUUGCUGUUAUGUUUGUACCAGACCACCAAAACCUCGACGUGUACGAAGCAAUAAUAUGAUUAGAGGAUACAGCAUUCGUCAAGGUUCUGGGCGAUCUGGAUCAGCCCGAGCAGCAUCACUUCGAAGAUCUAUUAGGGCAAGUCAACGAUCAGCAGAUUCAGCUCUUGGAUUGUCAGAAAGCAUAGCAAGAUCCACCCAGUUAGAUCUAGAACCUCGAUAUCAAGCAUCACGACGUUAUGAUAUUGAUGGCAAUCCCAAUGAUUCUCCAAAACGUUCCGCUACUCUACCCAAUACGGCCUCACCUCGUAAUCUACAAAUAAUACAUUCAUCUAGACAUACUUAUGACAAUCGAUGUGCAUCAACAACUCCAAGAAGUGGGAGAGCUCGAAUCGCGACCACUACAAUUUCUGGAGCGACACAAUCUCUUGAUAGACGAUUACUCGUUACUCCAAAUGACAUCGACCGGACAUCAGUCCUUUUUAACAAGUAUGCCCUUGAUGAACCUGAUUUUGCUGAAAAUAAAGAUGAAUUCGUUGAUGAACUUCAAUUACCUCCACGAAUAAAUAUAACAAGAAGUAAUAUAUCGAAGUUAGAAAAUACAUUACCUCGUGCUACAGAAAGGCCAACGAAUACUCGAAGAUGUCAUUCUGUCGAACCUGGAACUACUAACGAUCGAAGCACAUAUAUAGAAAUGGCACGACCUAGAAGAAUUGUUCCGGGUGUACGACGUCCACGAAGUAAUCUUAGCUAUACUUCACGAGUACAUAAAAGAGAAGCACCAUCACCACGAAUCAUGUCACCAAUGGGUUUCGCAGUUCAUCGUCAAGUUUAUGCUGAUGAUAUUGAGUUUGACGAGUAUUUAACUGCGGUCGAAGAGCAAACAAUAAAACCUGUGCCAAUUUGGCUGUGUGUAUUCUUAGUUGUUAGUUACAUAUUAGGCGGAGCUGUAUUAUUUACUGAGUGGGAAAAAUGGAUAUUUCUUGAUUCUGCAUAUUUUUGUUUCAUCACUCUAACAACAAUAGGUUUUGGUGAUUUUGUACCAGCUCAUAGGCUCAAUGCUCACCAAGGGAUAGCUCUAUGCUCGCUAUAUCUUCUUUUUGGUAUCGCUCUACUUGCAAUGAGUUUUAAUUUGGUUCAGGAGGAAGUAAUAACUAAUGUAAAGAGCGUGGCGAAGCGUUUAGGUAUUAUUAAAGAGGAAGAAGACAAUGAUGAUGACGAAGACGAUUAUUACAAUGAUGUAGAGGCUAUAAAUGAUGAUUAUGAUGUUGAAAAUUAUGAUUGUGAAUAUCCUGAUGUCUAUCCUGGACGAAGAUAUCUUAUCCACGAACGUGAUCUUGAAAGGACAUAAAACUUGACAAAAGGGUGAAUUGAGUUGUUUAAAAAUUAUAAUAUAUUAUGACAAAGUAUGAAUUAAGAUUUAUCAAUGUAAUAAUGGCUCAAUAUAUCUUCUUUAUAUAUCAUAUAGUGGUUAGAAGAAGGUGUGCUUUAGUCUGCAUUUCUGUACAAGUCACGACGUAUGUUUUUUUUUUCUUUUACUCCUCUC